GGCCCGGCCUCACCGCGACCUGCAGACUGCGCUGCCGAGCCGCCGUCAAUCACGGGCUGCCCUCCCCAAAGCGCUCGGCAUCGUUGCGCACGCAUCGGCUCCGAGUGGAUCCCAGCAAAGCCCCCGGCGUGCAGGCUCUUGCUCCGACACCACUUAGGGGGAAGCUGAGAUUGCGAAGGGAAGAAGUCCGCGGAAGAAUAUUCUCCGAAGAAGGAGCCUAGGGGGUAUAGAAGGAACGAGGUGGUGCUCUGUGUUAGCGGGAGGGAGGCGAGGUGAAGCCCGACGAGUCGGAUCCCUGCAGCCCGUGUGGCACCGGAGAGCGGCGGCGGCGGCACCAUGAACGGCUGGAUCCUACUCACGCUGGGACUCUGUACACUGACUAACGGCGAGCUGACACAGUCUGUCUCAGCAACUAAGAUGCCGUGGUCUGGCGAGCUGUACCUGGAGCAGAGGUGGGAGAAAGCGGAGCUGGCUGAGUCUGGGAACUGGCCGGUUGAUGAUGAUGACUAUGAUCACUCUGGAUCAGGUUCCGGGGAUUUUGAUGCGGAGGUACAGGUGGUGACUUUCAGGCCUGCUCGAGAGAAUCCAGACCUGCAGCCGACUGUCGAAGCCACAAGAUCGGUGACUGCCAGAGUGGAAGCAACCACACAGAGAAAAAUGCUCAGGAAGCCGGUCCAAACUGAGACGACUGUAGCCACUGUGGUUAAAGAGGAGACAAAGAAAGGAGAUGACUUUGUUAUUGAAAAGCCAACGAUGAAUACCGAUGGCAAUGAUGUUUCUGCAGAAAAACAUGCAGAAAGUCUGUUCCAGAGAACAGAAGUGCUUGCAGCCGUCAUUGCUGGAGGAGUCAUUGGCUUUUUAUUUGCCAUCUUCCUCAUCUUGUUGCUGGUAUACCGCAUGAGGAAGAAGGACGAAGGCAGUUACGACCUUGGGGAAAGAAAACCACCCACCACAGCCUAUCAAAAGGCACCAACCAAGGAAUUUUAUGCAUAAGCCUUCAAAGUGUCUCUAUUUGUGAGAUCACUGAACUGUAUUAAUUAAAGCUUUUUGCAUAGAGAUAAUGAACACCUUUUCUUAACGAAAAGUCGUGCAGACUUUCCUAUAACAAGCCCUGUUAUAUUUAAAACAUUCUUCUAUAUUCUUUUAAAACAAAAUGCCAUCCAAUCUAUUCUUAACGCUUAAGAUUUUGACGGUGAAUCGUGGCUUAGUUUCCACUCACUGGGUUUGAAGAAAUAAAUAUUAAAAAACAUCUGCAAACAGAAUGAAAAGUAUGAAAGAUACUUCUUCUGUUUUCUUACAUUUUCUAUCAGAGUUCUUUAAUUUAGUCCUAAUGCAUCUAAAAUUGAUCUUGCAGGUAAAAAUGUUCCUUAAUUUAUCUUUUUCUGAUCUGUUAAAAUGCCUUUCUAAAGUUUUCAUGGUGCAAUGUGUCUUCAAAUAAUACAAAUAUGUGUAAAUGUAAUUUCUGCUACAGGAACUAUAUUUACAGGAAUCUCUACUUUGUAUCGAAUAGUAGUAUUAUGAGGUUUAUUUUAAACUGUGCUUGAUAAGCAUCUAGCGAAUGAAUAUCCUAGAAAACAAGAGUACACAAUUUAUUUUUGGCAACCUUCUGUAAAAUUGUGCCAGUGUGUGAUAGCAGAUCUCCUGUACAUAAGAUCUGAUAUAAAUUUGAACAGAUCCAAAGACUAGUGACUUCAGCUGCAAUAUAUGAAUACAACCACAGAUGUAUGUUAACAUUAUCUUUUUGGUACAGUGUAUUCCGGUUAAUUGGGACACAUUGGGACCAGUACACUCUGUCCCAAUUAAGUGGCUGCCCCAAUUAGCUGAAGUUUCAUGGAAAUAGUUUUAAAAAAUACAAAGUAUUUAAAAAGAGACAAACUGAGUAGCAAGUUAUAUAUUUAAAUGAAAUACAGAACAAAUUCACACUACUGAUACUACUACAGUAUGAUAAAAGUGUGUAUUAGUUUGUAAUGGAUUUCGAUUGGGGAUUUCAUCUGUGUUCUGUUGAUUGACUGUAAAUCAGCACAGACAGUAACACAAAAAAAUGCUGGAAGAACUCAGCAGACCAGGCAGCAUCUCUGGAAAAACGUAGAGGCGACGUUUCGGGCCGAGUGUAGCUAAUGGACAGGCUUCAUAAAUUGCUUUCAAAACCGUCAACUCUACUUUUUUACCUAGAGUUCAUUUAAAUAUAUAACUUGCUACUCAAUUUGUCUCUUCUUAAAUAUACUUUUUAACUACUUCCAUGAAACUUCGGCUAACAAGAAAACUUUGCUUUCAAUGAUUGCAUCCACUAAGUCUUCAUUUUCAUCCUAACAUUCAAGAUGAUUGUUAAUACCUUCAAACUCUUUGUAGUCCUUGUUGAAGUAGUGAAAUUGUUUCAUUUUCUCUCCCGGCUCUUUCUGGCAUCUCCAGAUCUGAAUGCUUGAAACUUGCAGUGAGUAAAACAGUUUUGUAUUGUCUUACUGCUUAUUUCUUGAGAACUAUCAGUGACCAAAAUCGCUAGUUUUUGAACACAAACACGUGCAACUGAGGUUAUUUAAAAACUGUUCACUCUAAACAAGGUUCAGUGUCACACACAACUGAAGCUUGUUGAAACUGGCACGAGUUUUCUGUCCCAAUUAAGCAGCACAGUGUCCUAUAUAAACAAAGGCAAUUCCAGCAAUUUUCCCAGUUAGUUUUUGUUCUUUAAGAGUUGUUCCAAAUAAGCAACUGUCCCAACUAACCAAUGGCCCAAUUAAGCGCAAUCCACUGUAUUAAUUUCUUUUUUAAUUUGCUAGGAAAUGACAGUUUUGGACUAGAACAUUUCAAACCAAUAGGUACAGGUUUUCAUGAGCCUAUUACGUGCCUGCUCGUUCUCUGGUUCCUUCACUGCCAUCCUGCUGAUAUUGUGGUUGAUAUGGUAAUUUGUAAGGUCAGUUAAUUUAAGUGCUAUGGUUUUUACUGUUUAACAGACAUGUUUUAAUUGGAAAUGGGGAACAUAAACUACUGAAUAAAUUAUGUAGCCCAUUGAUGAAUUA